AUGCUCACCUACCGAAAGUCGCUCAUUGCGGCCCUCUUCCUGAUCACCUUCGUCGUCCUCCUAAGGUCUUCCCAUUCGGCUUCCUCCCCCUCGCCCCCUGCGCCGGCACACCUCCCCGAUGAGGUCGCCUACAACACUAAUGAAGUAACGGAAGAGCACUUGUCAGGACAGAAAAAAGAGGCGAUACCACAGCAACAGCCACUCAAACCCUCCCCGAGCGCACCCUUGCGCGAACGGUUACGCUACCAUUUCCCCUACGAUCUUGAUAAGAAAUUCCCCGCAUACAUCUGGCAGACAUGGAAAUAUACCCCCGACUCAGUGUGGUUCGGCCAAGAGCUGCGCGGUGCGGAGGCAAGUUGGACUGAGCUCCACCCCGGCUUCGUCCACCAGGUGGUUCCAGACGACACCCAGGGUUACCUCAUCAAAUACCUAUACAGCUCUCUUCCCGACGUGUUUGAAGCCUACGAGUCGUUGCCGUUGCCCGUCCUGAAAGCCGACUUCUUCAGAUACUUGAUCCUGCUGGCCCGUGGCGGAAUCUAUAGCGACAUCGACACCAGCGCUCUGAAGCCGGCUGCCGAUUGGUUGCCCUCGACCUACGACCUGUCCACCAUUGGAUUCGUGGUCGGCAUCGAGGCGGAUCCUGACCGUCCGGACUGGCAUGAAUGGUAUUCCCGGAGACUCCAAUUCUGUCAAUGGACCAUUCAGUCCAAACCGGGACAUCCCAUCCUUCGCGACAUCGUGGCCUACAUCACGGAGGAAACACUACGGAUGAAGAAGGCUGGAAUCUUAAAGGUCGGCAAGAUGGAUAAGACAAUCGUGGAGUUCACCGGACCGGGCGCAUGGACAGACGCUAUCUUCAGAUAUUUCAACGACCCAGACUACUUCAACAUCGAACCCGAUUCAAACCACAACAUUACCUAUGAGGAUUUCUCGAACCAAAAAGAUUGGAGAAAGGUCGGCGACGUGGUAGUUCUACCCAUUACGAGCUUCAGCCCUGGCGUUAUGCAAAUGGGCGCAGGCGACUACGAUGAUCCAAUGGCCUUCGUCAAGCACGACUUCGAAGGUACCUAA